AUGUAUCUGUGGCAGGCCACUCUUCCCUUCUGUCUGUUGGCGUCAGCCGCCCUGCCUGCGGCCGCGGCCUCCGGUUGGGGCUUUACUGAUGCCACCGUGGCAGUUCAACCAAAGGGCGCUGGAAUCAACGGCGGAUUCAAGGAACAGUACGUAUCCAAUGUCAUUCACUGGAAGCAGAAUGUGCCGAAGCUCACAGACCACCCGUGUAGAUUCUCCUCCUCCAAGCCGCUGUCCAAAGUCGUCUCGUUCGCUGGUGCCGACACAUUGCGCGUCACCUUGACCACGCAGGAAGGUAGCUCUGCAAAGCGGCCACACCAAGCUUUUCUACUAUUGCAAGAUCCUCAGUCUGGGUUGGACAUUUCCUACCCAUUUACCGUUAAGGAGAAUGGCAAGUCUCGCGUGGAAUUGACCCAGAAGGAGCUCCCUCUCCAAUUCCUCCACCUCGCCGAUACCGUCGAUGCCCACGUGGUGAUAGGUUCUUUCGGCAGCGCUGAGGCUUACGACAGCUCCGUCUUUAAGCUGUCCAUCGACCGUGACCCCCAUGUCCCCAUCCCCACCGUCGAGCCCGCGCGUUAUGGCAAGCUGCCCGAGAUCCACCAUAUCUUCAGGGAUGCCCCGAGCAACCCUACAAUCAUCAUCACCCUGACUUUUGUCGCCCUGGUAGCUGCUUCUCUCCCGGUUCUGGCUGGUUUGUGGUUCUUGCUCGGCGCCAAUGUCAACCACCUUCCCACUGCGUUCAAGAAUGCUCCUCUUCCCCAUGCCCUCUUCCUCGGCUCUCUGAUCGCCUUCGAGGGCAUCUUCUUCCUCUACUACACUUCCUGGAACCUGUUCCAGACCUUGCCCGCCGCGGCAGCUGCUGGCGUGAUCGCAUUCCUCAGCGGCAGCCGCGCACUCGGCGAGGUCCAGGGUCGCCGUUUCGCUGGCCUUCGUUGA